CGAAAUUUCAUCAAAUAAGCUUACGUUGGAGAACGAAAAGUUUCCUCCAAUGUCAAAUCUCAAAGAAUUGUUCCUAAACUAUAAUGAAAUGAAAACAAUCGGUAAAGAAUUGCUGGGUAAUCUAGAAAAUUUGCACCUUUUAUCCUUGAGAGGGAAUUACAUUGUAAGCAUUCACGAAAAGGCUUUUACGAAAUUGGUAAAUUUAAGAGAAUUAAACCUUUAUGAAAAUCGGAUAGUACGGCUCGAACCAACAGUUUUUAGUAGCUUUAAAUUGGUCAGCAAAUUAUACAUAGGUAACAAUCCGUUCAAGUAUAUUGCAAAGCAAGUAUUUACAAACAUGGAGAAUCUUAAGUCAUUAAACAUGGAAGGUAUAGAGAUAUACAACAUAGAUAUAAACAUGUUCCAAACCCUGCAAAAUUUAGAGUCAGUUUACUUUAAAAAAUACUCCUAUUGCUCCUACGCACCCAACGUGCCAAGAUGUCGACCAUUAUCUGAUGGUAUAUCAUCACAAAACCAACUUCUGUACAAACCAAUUUUAAGAUAUUCGACAUGGGCCAUAUGCAUUUGUACAUGUGUAACUAACCUUAUGGUACUAUCGGGUAGAUAUAUUUUUAGGGAUGAAAAUAAAUCGUUGAGCCUAGUCAUAAGAAAUUUGGCCGUUAGUGAUUUUUUCAUGGGUUUAUACCUACUGAUGAUAGCGAUACACGAUGUCAAAUAUAGAGACAACUAUAACACAGAGGCGUAUAAUUGGAUUAAAUCAUGGGGUUGUACCCUAACAGGAAUGAUGGGGAUGAUUUCUAGUGAGGUGUCAGUGCUUUUACUACUGUUUAUGUCGAUUGAUAGGUUUUUGCUUAUCGCCAUACCAUUUGGGCGAUAUGGGUCUUUGUCUGUAAAGGAGACCACGCUGGUACUGAUACUGAUAUGGGGCUUUGGGAUCAGCAUAGCCAUCAUACCAACAUUGGAGUUUUAUUCUAGUACGAGGUUUUACGGGGUGAAUGGUUUAUGUUUUCCUUUGUUUAUCGAUGAUCCGUAUUUUAUAGGAUGGGAGUUUUCGGCAAUUAUAUUCAUCGGCAUUAAUGCAUUCAGUCUAAUUAUAACAGCCAUCGUCUACGUCGGGAUGUUUGUCAGUAUAUGGAAAACAAGAAAUGCCACUACAAUCCCAAUAAAAGACUUUGAUAUCGCCAUAAGAUUUUUCUUUAUCGUCCUAACAGACACAAUUUGUUGGCUCCCAAUCAUCAUCACAAAAGCUUGUGCCUAUCUAGGCCACGAAAUUUCUGCUGAUGUAUAUGGCUGGUUAAUAGUUUUCAUACUGCCUAUAAACUCAGCCCUGAACCCUAUACUGUACACAUUCACCAUACCGAGGUACAGGGCUCACUUAUACAGGGUCCCUAUAAAUGCGAUAGAGUCGGGAAUAAACAGGGCUAAGCGUUCACCACAUGGUUCUGCAGACACCGGCAGUAUGCAGUUAACCCACAGAAAUGGUCCAAGCAUAAAAAUCGUAACGAACAACUUUUAG